AUGUCUUCUUCAAGCCGAGCAGGGUCGGUUGCAUCUCCUCCUCCCAUCGAAACUUCCGGCCCUUCUCGCUCAUACGAUGUUUCUAAGUCUCUCUUUCACCGGCACUAUGACAUCAACUCCGCAGACGGAACACCGCUCUUCUACGCGGAUAUUUCGUUAUUUACUCGCAACAAGCCUGACCUCACCCUCCAUGCUGGUGCUAGCAGCCAAGCACCAAUUGUGGCCGUAUCCAAUUUUCUGAAAUUCUCUGGCGACUACAAACUAGGCCUUGGAGAUCCCGACAAUAUGAGCAGCGUCCAGUGGGAGGACAUGACUAAAGAGAAUAUCCAGAGUUCGAGAUAUCGCUUUGAAAUGGCUGUUCCAUAUGAGCCAAGUCAAGCUACGGGGGCAAGACGGUCUUUUCUUUGGAAGAGAACACGCAGCGUUGGUGUUGAUGGCUCGGCACCGUCCAAAUGGACCACGCAAAAUUAUAAGCUAUUGGAUGAGCGCUCUGAGGAGGUGCUGGCCGUCUUUUCGGGGACAAAGAGACCGGGCAAAUGUGGGAAAAUCCAGAUCAGAGUGGAAUAUGGUGAAGAAUUUGAUCGAAUGGUCUUGAUCUCUUGUUUGAGUUUAUAUGAGAAAGCAAGAAGGCGCAACCACCAAGGGGCGGCAGGUGGCGGCGGAGGGGGUUGA